UAGUAUAAAUAGCGGGCUAGUAAUCUUUCUUGUUAGCUUUAUUUAAGCGAAUUAUUAGAAAAUAACUAAUCAUGAAGAACGUAAUCAUCGUCUCAUUUCUGCUCGCAAUGGCAUGUCAAUUGCAGAUGUUAACAACAGCAGUGGCUCAAGAUAGCAUGUGGGAUCAAGCCGACACAUUACUAAACCAAUAUCGACAAAAUGUCAACGAAGGCUUCAGCAGUGCUCUUAUAAACAACUACACAGCUUUGGCUCAAACGGCUGAUUCUCUAAUUGCAGCAGCCAUUACCAGCGGUAAUUCAGAAAUCGUCAGUACACUGGAGAAAGCCUUGUCCGAAUACAGAUCAAUCAAACAAGCAGCUGAAGACGCGAGAAUCGAUAUUACCAUUUGCGUUAACAACUUCGAACAAUUAAUUGUCGACGUCCGCAGAGAAAAUUCAGUAGGUUUGAAUGAAUGCGUACAGAAUCUUAUAGAGCCAAUUGUGACAUAUAUAUCCAAGGCUAGUACUGGACUAUUGGGACUUUAUUUAGGUGAUGUAUACCAAAAAGAAAAAUUGGUCCUGAAUUGUGGACCAUUGGAUGAUAACUGUCUAAGUAAUAUGGUGUACGCUCUCGUUAAGGUAAGUGGUCGUGUUCCGAGUGAAAUUGCGAACACCGUAGCAAGAGAUGUGGGCCAGUUUGCCAUGUACAAAAGUCAAAUCAACGCUUGUAGAACAAAAUAUGUCUCUAGCAGUGACGCAAAAUGGAACCAACUGGUUGGAGAUUUUAGAAGCUGCGUAGAAGCUCAAUCAUAAUAAAUUGGAACUAUUUUAUUUUGUACGACAGUUGUUAAAUAUUUGUACAUGAUAUUUAAUAGAAUACAUAAAUAAAGCAAUAAUAACACACUAAGAUA